AUGUCCUCUAAAGCUUGUUUUGUGUGUGGUAAGAUCGGCCAUUUGGCUGAGGAGUGUGACUCCGACAAACUGUGCUACAACUGUGGCCAGCCAGGUCACGUCCAGUCCGAGUGUACUCUGCCAAGAACCGUCGAGCACAAGCAGUGUUACAACUGUGGUGAGACCGGUCACGUCAAGAGUGAGUGUUCCGUCCAGCGUUGUUUCAACUGUAACCAGACAGGCCACAUCUCCAAGGACUGUACCGAACCAAGAAAGCCAAGAGCACAGGCUGCUGGUGGCAGAGGUAUGUCCUGUUACAAGUGCGGUGGUCCAAACCACUUGGCCAGAGACUGUCAACAGGAAGACACCAAAUGUUACUCCUGUGGUAACUUCGGUCACAUCUCCAGAGACUGCCCAGAUGGCCCAGGUGACAAAGUUUGUUAUAACUGUAACCAAUCUGGUCACAUCUCUAGAGACUGUCCAGAGACUGCUUAG